AUGAAGGAACAAAAUAAUAUAGUUACUACUGCAUCUAGUACUACAAAAACCACUAUUUCAGUGGCUCCUUCACCCUCCACUUCUUCAUCAAAUAAUAAUAAUAAAAAUACAAAAGAAAAAAUCGAAACAUUAAUAAAUAAAAUUAUAAAUAAACAAGAUUAUGGUGGUGAUGAUAAUGUUUAUAAAAUAUUGGACUUUUGGAAAACAAAGAUAAUACCAUCAAAUUCAAAUAUAGAGAAUAUUCUUUUCUUAUUAAAGCAUUAUGAAAACCCUAGAAUUAUAAUUCCUUUCAUCUGGGACUAUAUUGGCAUAAAAACAACACCAGAAAUAUUUAAAGCAGUUUUAGAUCAAUUUAGAGUAUUAUUAUACAGCGAUAUAACCUUGGUUCAUACAAUAUCAUUAUCAUUAAAAAAUGUAAUGAUUCCAUCACAUUUUAAUAGCCAUAUUAAUCAAAUUAUAUUCGAAUCAUUAUCAAGACCAAUAAAUAAUAAAAACAGUAAUGAUAAUAAUAGUAAUAAUACUACAAUCGUUAAUAGUAAAGAUGACAUCAUUUUAUUUAAAUUACUUAUUAAAACAUCAAAUUUUAAGAGCAAGAAAAGUGAUAUUAUUGUAGUAUUGGUUAAUAGAAUUUUUAGUCAGUUACACGAAAAGAAUAAUGUCCACUAUUUUAUAGAUUUGUUUAUUGAAGAGUCAAUAAAGUUUAAUCCAUCUUUGGCCAAAAAAGUAUUUGACUUUAAUAAUUUAUCAUCUAAUAUAGGUUUUCAAACAAUUUCCUUAUCAACUGUAUCAUUUACAAUAUUCGAAUUUUUUAAUAAGUUAAAAUCAUUAUCAACCUCUUCAAUAACUUUGGAUGCUAAUAAAAUCAAAUCAAAGGAUAAUGAUAUAUUAUCAAUUAAAAAAUGGUUAUCAUCCAUUUCAAUCGUUUUAUUUAAGUCAUCACCAAUUCAAUUAUUAAAUAUUUUAUUAUCACAAUUACCAACAAAUAUAAUAAAUAAUAACAAUAAUAAAAAAGAUAAUAUCAACAAUAAUAGUAGUAUAAACAACGUACCUUUCAAUACAAGUUUGGCCGUUGGAGUUUUAAUGGAUUUGUUAUUAUCGUUUGGUAAUGAAAUUAAAGAGAAGCAAUUAUUCAAUUGUUUUAUGGAUAUCAUCUUAAUGCCAAUGGAUUACUCCACAAGUUUCCAAAAUUUCCAUCCAUAUGUAGUUCAUUCAAUAUGUUUAAUGGUAAAGCCAUUGUUACAAGAAAAAGAGGCUAAUGCUAUUGUAGAAAGAGCAUCUCCUUUAUUAUUUAGUAAUAAUAUAAGUUAUCGUAUACAUAGUUUAAUAGUGUUAUCAAAUUUCUUUAAACCAGAUAGUCAGUUUAUUAAAUCAGAAGAUCUUCUUAAAUAUUCAACCAGUUUAUUCAAUAGUAAUAAUAAUAAUAAUGAUAGUAGUAAUGGUGGUUUUAAUGAAAAUUAUUUUUUCAUUGAUUUCUUAAUAACAAAUUAUAGUUCAAUUAAUAUUACAAUAUUAGAAAAAAUAUUUAAAACAUAUUUAGUACCAAUAGUAUUAUCAUUUAAAAUCUUUCAAAAUAAUUUGGUUAAUAGAAAUAGUGUAUUGUUUGAUGUAUCACAUAUUACCCACAACAAUUGGCCAAAUAUAUCAUUGGCAAUAAAGUGUUUUUUAUUAAUCAUUGGUAGAAUUGGUAUUAAUCACUUACCAUUUUAUAUUAAAUCAAUUUUCGAUAAUCCACACUCAUUGAAAUUGUCAUCAUUUGGUAUUGGCGAAAACGAAGAUGUUAAAAAGGAUGAUAGAAGCGCCCCACUUAAAGAAGAAGAUCUUAUGGACCCAAAUAGAUUUAAAGAAGAGCAAGAAAAGAAACAAAAAGAAAAACUUUUGGUUUUAGAGGGUGAUAUUAACAAGUUAUAUUGGGCAGUUAAAAUUGGUUCAUUAAUUUCAAACUUUAGUGAUUUAAAUCAUUUAUUACCUCAAUUAUUUUAUAUUCAAACAUUGGCAAAUACUAUGAAGCAAAGAAUGGAAGAGCAUUUCAAUAUUUAUACAUCAACAGCAAACUAUAGUUACCCAUCAUUAGAAGAGGCCUUAUCGACACUAUCAAUAAAGACUUUUUUGGUUGCAUUAAAGUCCCUUUCUGUAGAUUUGUUCACAUUAGAAGCUGCCCAAAGCUUAUUUUUAUUUUUAAUUCAAAUUUCAUGUAGAGUUUUAAUUCAUUCAAAUAACAGUGGCUGGGACCUCAACAAUACAAAUGGCGAUGGACUUUAUGUCAGUAACGAGUUGGUAUUAGAGUCAUUGGUUUCAAAUUCAAAUUUAUCAAUAAAGAAUGGAUUAAAGCAGAGCUUGGAAAUGAAUUUUAUUCGUUGGUUAGUCGGGUUCUUAUAUAAGGAAAUCCAUCCAUUGGUUUUAAAGUGUAGAAAAGAUAUCUCUAAUGUUGCAUCAACUGGAAGACCCAUUAACAAGACUGUAGAUCAUUGGCAUUACUAUGAGAACAUUAUGGCAUAUGGUUUACAACUCAUUAGAAUUUACCAAGCAUUAGCAAACAAUUCAAAUAAAGAAGCAUAUUUAUUCAUUUUAGAAGAUUUUGCCUCAGUUUUAAAUAUAGAGCAGUCAAAUAAUUAUCAAGAAAUUUUACAAUCAUUAACUAAUUGGUUCUACAGUAUCGAAGAUGGCUAUUUAGCAUACUUUUUAUUAGAUAUUAUAUGCUCGAUUAGAAGAUAUUGCGAUUUAUCAAGAUUUGGUAUGUCUGAAUUAUACUAUCAAAUGUUAUCAACUUUAUUCCCAUCAAAUAAUAUUGGACUGGUUCAAACUUUACUUUUACCAAUUGAAAAUAAGUUAUUCAAAAGUGUAGAGUUAUCAACAUCGUCAAAUAAUUCAUUCUCCUUAAUCAACAAUAUAUUUUUUAGUUUUAUUCAAAUCAUUUAUGAUGGAAAACCAGCAGAGCUUUUAAAUAUUAUUACAAAUUUUCAAAAUAGUUUUUCAAAUUUAGUAAAUCAAUAUAUUAAUAGUUUCAAUGAGAGUAUUAAUAACAAAAAUAUAAAAAUUAAAUUUAUAGAGGAUGACAAAUAUAAAUUUUUAAAUUCAGACCAUAUAAAUGAUUUUACAACUAAAUUAUUGUAUCAUUUAGAAGUUAUUAAUGAUAUUUUUGAAAAAUCAUAUAUUAUUAAUAAUAACAAUUCGAGCCAACAAGAACAUAGAAAUGGAAUAAUUAUAAAUUUUAUUGAAUUAAAAAAACAAUUUAAAAAAUACGCACAAUUAUUAAAAGAUAAUAACAUAAAUACAACUUUUAACAACAACAACUUGGCAGAUUUAAUAAUUUCAAAAUGUAAAAUUAGUAAAUUAGUUGAUAUCGUCAAUAAUGGUAAUAACAGUUCAAAAAAUACUUUACCAAUCAAUAAAGCUCCAAUAGAAAAUGAAAAAGCAACCAGAUUUAUUGAAGAGCUUUCAGAAAACACUAUUGACUUUUCAAGCGAAUAUGAAAGAAUAGGUGAGGAGUAUGGCUAUGAUGAGAAUAGCAAUGACGAAGAAAUUCAAAAAACAAUUAAAAUGGACAUUAAAGAGUUAAUAGGCUUAAUGAAGAAGAAUAAACAAAAUAAUGAAAGAACAAACACCAAUUCUAAUAGCGGCAGUAAAACCAACAGCAAUUACAUUCCACCAUUUUUAGAAAAAGCUCCUACCCCCACAACCACAUUACAUUAG